GCUAAGUCUCCUGGGCGAGCCGCUCCAAACAACGGGGGGUCAUGGAGCGGUUUCCAAGUACCUGGACAUGGCGCGUCACAUGGAGGCGGCCGCAAAGCCUGUUGUAAUUUCGGAUCACACCCGCAUGCAGCAGGCUCACUCCAACGUUCGUCGGCUCGAGAAGCAUAUGGACCAUAUUCUCAAUAAGGUGAUGCGCUUGCGUGAACAGCUUGGCGAUGCGGAGGCCACGCUGCGCAAGGUGCGAAACCAAGUCAACCAGGCGGAUGCUGACUACAAGGCCACGCUCGCUGCGUUGCAGGGCUCGCGCAAGUGUGAGGGGGGGCCUCAGGCCACUGUCGGUUCAUUCAAGCUCGAGGAUCUGGUUGCUGGCUCUGUCGACCUCACCAAGUUCAUUGACUGCACCCACAUCCAGGAGGAUCUCUCGGUGGAGGCCGAGGUCGAGGCGAGCGACAUGGAGCAGCUCCAGAGGUCGCAGAUGGGGCAGCUGCUGCAGGUGGGAGAGCUGGUGCAGGUGAGGUUGCUGACGCGGCUCCUGCUGAACUUGGGGCGGCUUCUGAAGGUGCCUGUGCCGCUGCGCAGCCUGCCUCGGCAGCCGAG